AUGGAGCUGAAUUCUAUCAAAGAUGCCUUCGACCGCGUCAACAAGAAACAGAAGCUCUCGUACUCCAAAUCCCAGGAAAUGAUCGAGCAGGUUGAGGCAGAAAUCGAACGGGCCCUAUCAAGAAUACAAUCAGGGAAUGAUCACAAACCCAUCCUCGGCGACCUAAAAUCAAAACUGAUAGACAUGGCCCCUCUAAAGCAGCUCGAAGGCACCCAAAAGGAGCUCAACAUUGCCCUCAACAAGUACCCGAAACUCCUCGAGAAGUCAUUUAUUCCCGACAUAUCGAAAGCGUACCGUAAUAUUGAUUUCGACACCCAUAUCGUGAAUCAGAUAAUCGCGAGCCACUUUUACCGGGAAGGUAAAUUCGACCUCGGUGACUGUUUCGUUAAGGAAUCCCGCGUGCCAGAGGACUUGGCACACAAAUCCCCCUUUCUGGAAAUGUUUGGAAUAUUAGAAGCCAUGAAAUCCAGAAACCUCCGCCCAGCUCUUACCUGGGCUUCGGCCCACCAAGAGCACCUGAAGAAAAACGGGUCGGACAUAGAACUGAAGCUCCACCGGCUCGAGUUUGUUGAGACCCUGCAGAAAAGAGGCCGGGACGAGGCCCUUAAGUAUGCACGGGCCUUCCUGGCCCCGUUUGCCACCAGCCACAUGUCAGAAAUCCAAAAGCUUAUGGCUUGCCUCCUGUGGGCCGGGCGGCUCGAGCAGUCUCCCUACCCGGAGUUAUUAUCCUCCGUGCAGUGGGACAGGGUGAAGGACGAGUUGGCCCGAGAGUUUUGUAAUUUGAUUGGGCAAUCGUACGAGAGCCCGCUUGGGGUGACAGUAGCGGCUGGAGUCCAGGGCCUGCCGACCCUCCUGAAGCUGAUGAACGUGAUGACUGGGAAAAAGCAAGAGUGGCAGACGAUGAAGCAGCUGCCGGUGCCUGUGGACUUGGGUCGGGAGUUUCAGUUCCAUUCAGUGUUUGUUUGUCCCGUGAGUAGGGAUCAGGCGAGUGAGGAUAAUCCUCCCAUGCUUUUGUCAUGCGGGCACGUGCUGUGCAAGCAGUCCAUCACGAAGCUGUCGAAGAACAACAGCACGAGGCCGUUCAAGUGCCCUUACUGUCCUACUGAGGUCGAGGCUGGCCAGUGCCGGCAGUUGUAUUUCUGA